AUGUCAGAAAGGCUCUGCCUGCGAAGGGGCGCUCCUGCUCUCCUGCACUGCAGUGGCGGCAAAGUGGAGCCGCAGAAGCCGUACCGCGAGCGUCUGGAUCCGGACUACGCAGAUCUCAUGUGGUUCGACGGCACGGGAGGGCGGACUUUGUGGGACAUGGACCCGUACCGCCUCGGGCGUGCCCGUGAUGCCAUGAAGUUUGUCUCUGCUGUCGCGGCCUCUGCCUAUGCUGCGUUCCUGCUCGGAAGGGAGAUGAAGAAGAUGAAGCGACCCAGAUUUGCUCCGCGGUUCCACCCAGCCGCGUACGAUUAUCCCGAAGACUUCUCUCGUCGGCCGUGGGCCAUGUGGCGCUACGCGCAUCACGAUUCGGACAUCGUCUGGUCAGGGGACAUGGUGAACACGGGCAGCUUCUCCGAGACCGUCGGCCAACGCGCACAGCUGCGCGCCCAAGCCUCAGGCCGGAAGACUUUGAGCCCCGCGUGA